AUGAAUGUUUUCAAAUAUUUUUUAUAUUUCACAAUUUUGGUGGCGUAUUCAAGAACAACAUAUUCUGAUGUCUCAUACAACGAAACCCAAGAUGGCCUCAUAAUUUUCGAUAGUUACACUGAUAAAUUCGGAACAAUAUUAUUACGUAUGGUAAAAUAUGAUAGCAUCACGCAAUGCACUAUACCCGGAGAACCGCGCAUGCAUCUACGACUUAUUUUCUCGAAUGGAACUGUUCGUCCACUGGAUUUCGACUUUCCCGUGAAUACAUGGAAUUAUUGUCCGAUUGACUGGAUUUUUGCGCUUUUAGUUGAACCAAAUCUUAUUCUGUUGAAUUAUUAUAAUUUCUCGGAUACUCAGCCUACAGUGGAUGGCGUUUAUCAAGAGAAUGGGGUUUUUGUAGAUUAUUGGGGAAAUAUUAAAAAUACUUUUCGGCUUGGUUUUGGUUCACCGUACGCUAGAAGAGUUACAGUUGGCUUUAUUCCUUCAGACGGGAUAUUAAGAACAUACCAAGAGCCUAAUGGGGCUAUAGGAUGGAACAGAUUCACAAGCCCCGAUAAAAACGGCCAAAUAACAGAUGACGGAGGAGGUUAUUUCUACAAUAAUACAAUCAAUGAAAAGAUCACUGAUUUCAGAGCAUUCAAUUUACUUGAAGGAGGAUUUGGCUGUAUUAUAGUCUCCAAGCCUACAGCUCAAAGUUCAUUGGAAUUGCAGGAUGCGUCUUUUCCUCGAUUCAUUGCAUAUAUAUCAUUAUUGAAAACUGGCAGAGCGAUUCCGACAAAACUUUUUAGUUUGUAUCGGACAUCUAUACCAUUCGCAAGCUUGAAUUUUAUGCGAUGCGCAGUGGUCUUUGAUGGAACUGGGAAUGAAUGUCUUAUUAUAACAUCGAUGAAUAAUACGUCAAAUAUAACAUCAAACAAUUCUACCAUGAAUAGUAAUUCUACCGCAAUUAAUAAUACAACACUUGCAGAUAUUUUGAUUUCAAGUAUUCAUUUUGGAAGUCAAGGUUCUAUAACUGCUAUUCAACCAUUAGAUGCUGAUGAUCAUCUCCCUGAUAUGACAUUCAUUUCACUUUUCUAUGGUGGAUAUGUAACAAUGGGAAUAGUGAAUACUACAACAAAGGAGACGGGCGGUGUUAUGUUGGACAGUAAUGGUAACAAGAUAGAACUAUGGAGUUUCGGAACAGCUGUUAAUCAUUCAAGUGCGUUUCUUUUGAAUAAUACUUUAUGGGGUGCAAAAAGCGUAAAUGAUACUACAUGGGCAAUAAUAACAAAAACACUUCCUAAACUUAAAGCUGCAGAUGCUGAUGAUCGUUAUGAAAAUCCUAAUAUCAACAUUACGUUCCCGACAAUUGGAGCCGUUAUUCCAUCUAAUAUAAGGCAAAUAAACAUCACAUAUGAAGGACCUAUUACCUUGUCAUCUGGUAAUAUUACGAUAUAUCAGGAAGACAAAUCUGGAUCUGCUGACGUUUUUCGCCAAGGAAUGCAUCAAUUCUCGCAGCCUUUUCAAAUUAACGUUCAAGAUCAAACAGUUUCGAUCCAUGUUUUAGACUCUACAUUUAAUAUCCCAAAUUCUACUUAUUAUGUGAUUGUUGACACGAAUUUCGUUCGGGAUUUUGACACAAAUGAAGCGUUACUUGGAAUUGGUAAAGAAAGUUGGCGAUUUACUACUGAACCAUUUAAAUCUGGCGAAGUCGAUAUAGGUAGUCAGUCAGGGAUAAUUCGGUUAACACCCGAGGCUACGAUUGCAUUCAAAAACUCAUUAAAAAGCAGCUCUUCCAUAUAUGAAGAUAUAUUGAAUGAUCUUGCAAAUGCUAUUCCGAUCUCACACAAUAGACUCGAUAUAAAGAAAAAAUAUCAAAUCAACAGCGAUCAAAUUCUUCUUCGAAUAACUAUUCACCCAUCAAAAAAUAAUUCAGAAAUUAGCACUAAACAAGUUACGAGUAAUUUGAAAACUCUUAUAAAAUAUAAGGAUAUCACAUCUAUUUCAAGAUAUAAUUAUACUGAUUGGUUGGAUAGUAGUUAUGGGUUCCAGGAAUCAAGUAAAUAA